AUGUCCUCCACCCUCCCGUUCCUCGAUCAGUUCAACGCCCCCUCAACCGAGGGCGGAAAGAGGAUUUCGAUCUACACCCCUAAGCACACCCAUGUCGGCGACAGCACUUUGCUGAUGCUACUUCUCAGUAACCCCACCGAUGUCUUCAAUAAACUCAAAACCCAUCACCCUGAGGCAACCAAUGCCACUGACCGUGCUGCACUAGAAGCGUAUCUCUCCGCCCGCCGCGAAUACAACAAGGCUGUCAAGGCAGCCGACGAGGCCAUCGACCACCACAAAUGGCUCCUACAUCAACAGGACGACCGUGUCCUCACCGAGCUCAUUCGACUCGACAAUCUGAAAGUUGCCCAUCGCUUUCAACUGCUCCUACCACGCAGCAUCCGGGCGCAACACAACAAAUUCAUCCCGCGCACCAUCCCCAACGCGUACCUACCCCUACCCGCACCCCUACCGACAUCUGCCUUCAGGCGCCCCCCGAUCCCGUCCCCUUUUCUCCAAGCAAUGCCAAGGAGCACUACCAUCCCGGCCGACUGGCAACCCAACCCUGGUUGGACCCCGAAGGGAAGCUGUAGGCGAUGCGGAUCGUCUCGACACUGGGUACAAGACUGUCCAGACACACGAUGCACAAGAUGCGGAAAGGAAGCCCCUGGACACCUGGAAUGGGAGUGCGGAACCAGGCCGAUGAAGCGACACGUAUCCGCACCACCUGAAGAACCUGCGCGACGCGUGGGGGUGGUCGUCGACAACGUGUUCCUCGAGGGAAUCAUCAACGAGGCAAAGGAGAGGAAGGAAAGAGAGAGGCAGAUGAAGGUGGUACCCAUCCCCCCACCGCGCAGUGCUAACCCCGAACCCCAGGCUAGUCCCAGUGUGGGAUCCUCAUGCCCCCGCCCCGAUACACCUGUCGUCUUUCGCAAAGUCGACCCCGACUGGACACCCGACACUACUCCAUGGACGUGGGACAGCUCCUGGCCGCAUCAGGAGCACCUCUCUGGCGAGGAAUGGAAGAAUGUGGGAAGGAACGCGCGCAACGAAUGGUUCAAUGAAGAGGAGGAUGAUGGCGUAGACUGGGAGUUGUAUGGAGAUGGUGAGCAUUGGUCGAACCCUAAGUUCGACCUGGUUAUUCAUUCAAGUCUCUGCUCCUCCUCGCUUGGGGUAGUGGUCAUUCUCGACUUCCUCGCUCGAUCUUCAGGACGGCGUACUGUCCAUAAGUCCUCGCUCAUCAUCUACGAGUCAGGCAUUGAUAUAGGACAGAUCACGCAGCGCAAAGUCGACAUCGGGAAAGCAAUGGAUCGGGUCAACGAGAAUCGCAAGAAGGCUGUCAAAGCGCAUAAAAGGAGGUACACAGGUAAGAUACAGAAGGAGAUGUGGCCGAUGGGCGGCAGUGCACGGCACAGCUCGGGCUCCGCUGACACAGCCGCUCUGACUCACCAGCCCCCAGGGCUGCGUCAGCAUGCUGUGCAUGGACCAGCUGUGCACGGACCAAUGUGCACAGCCUGCCCUUAUCUUCCCCUGUAUAUAAGCCGGCCUCUGCUGCCCUAG